GAAGAAGGACUGUCUGGCUUGUACCGGGGCCUGAACUCUACACUCAUAACUCUUUUUGCUGCUAACUUUAUCUACUUCUAUGCGUUCCAUCUGCUACGGCUGUUGUUGAAUAGGAGCAAGCUCUUUCAGAUGUUGAAGAAGAACUUGAAGAUUUCUCAAGCUGUAAUCAAUCUUUCUAUCGGAACCAUUGCUGGAGGAAUCAAUGUGUGUUUUGUUCAGCCGCUUUGGGUAGCCAACGCAAGACUUAAACUUCAAGAUUCCUCAAAGCCAAGUGCUGACCACUACAAUGGCAUGAUUGAUGCUAUCAUUAAAAUUCGCCGCGAGGAAGGCUUGUUUAAGCUUUGGGCCGGAGUUUCAUCCAGCCUCCUGCUAUGCUGUAACCCAGCUAUACAGGUAACAAACUUCUUGCAACAGUCUCAAACUGUUGCUGCCUGGCCUGACUUGCCGUGUCAGUUUGCGGUUCUAGAGGCGUUCAUCCUCGGCGCGUUUGCCAAGUGGGUCGCAACCAUCACAACUUACCCAUUGCAAGUGGCGCAGACACGUUUGCGAUUUGGAAAGACAUCAACAUCGAGUCAGACUGGUCAGGUCGUCGAGUACAAUGGGACUUUGGACUGUCUUUUUCUCACUUUCUCCUCCAGGGGCAUGGAGACCAAACUUUGGCACAGUACCUUGAUAUCUGCUCUCAUGUUCUUGACCUAUGAGAAGAUUCAAAGGCUCGUUGGAAAUGCUAUCAUUGCCAAGGUUGCCAAGAAGAGCAAAGUUAACUGA